AUGGCGAAGACUUGUGGUGUUCGAAAUGUGGACGAACGACAACGGAAAGCUAUCGUAGAGGGUCGCAAACAAGGACGGACGCAUAGAGAACUCGCCCAGCAAUGUGGCAUUUCCAAAUCAGCGGUGACCAAGUUGCUUAAGCGUUUAAAGGUUCAGGAAGGUUCUAUUAAUAAGAAAACACGUGGCCGACCGCGUUGUACUACUUCUCUCGUCGAUCGCAACAUUUUGCGUACAUCUCGUAGCAACCCACAUCUCACGGCGCCGGAUAUUGCUAAAGAAAUAUUGACUCCAGGACAGUCUAAUCCAUCUGUACGUACCAUACGCCGUCGCCUGCAAGACGCAGGACUACAUGGUCGAAGACCUGUGAAGAAGUCAUUCAUUUCUGCGAAGAAUCGGAAAGCGCGAGUAGAGUGGUCCAAAGCACACCUUAACUGGACAUCACGGCAAUGGUCUGACGUUCUCUGGAGCGAUGAAAGUAAGUUUAUGCUGUUCGGUAGUGACGGAAUAAAGUGGGUUCGUCGUCCUGAAGGCAAACGUUUUGACCCCAAAUACCAACUUCCUACAAUGAAGCAUGGAGGCGGUUCGGUUAUAGUGUGGGGUGCUUUUUCCGCAAAAGGAAUGGGUCCCCUUCAUAAAAUCGACGGCAUCAUGGAUCAAACAGUGUACAUUAACAUCCUCCAGAAUGUAAUGCUUCCAUAUGCAAAACGUUUCCUUGGUCGCGGUUUCAUCUUCCAACAAGACAAUGAUCCGAAACAUCGAGCAGUUAAAGUGCAGGAGUGGUUCCGACGCCAUCGCGUAAUUCUCAUGGAUUGGCCAAAUCAAUCGCCCGAUCUAAAUAUUAUAGAAUCGUUGUGGGAAGAGUUGGAGAGACGUUUGGCAGGAAAGCGAGCUACGAAUGCGGCCCAGAAAUUCUCCCAACUUGAAGAAGAAUGGAAAAAGAUCCCUCAAGCUACAAUCGACGCACUCAUUGAUUCCAUGCCCAGACGUUGUCAAGCUGUAAUCGAUGCAAAAGGCUUUGCUACAAAAUACUAG